AGAGAGAGAGGGGAAAGGAGAGUGAGAGAAUUGUGUGUGUCCUUCUCUUCUUCUUCUUUUUAGUAACAGUGAAAUCUAUUCUAUUUUCUGUUCCUCCUCCUCCUCCUUUUAAGCCUUCUUGUUUCCUCCGAUUCUUUCUGUGCUCCACUCAGACACACAGGUUUUCCUCUGCUUCUCUUUUUCUCAUUUUCUUUCAUGCCUAACGGUUCCUCAAUGGGUAAGAGAGAACCCCAGGAAAAUGCAAUCCCAUGUUCUCCUUCCCCUGAUCAGGUUCUAAAGUUGUAGUCUUUUUCUCUGUAUGGCAUUGUGAUAGAACUUUGGGGAUUUCGGUUCUUAAAAUUGUGAACUUUGGAUCUUUUUUAUUUUCCUUUGAUUUUUCUUUCUUAGUCUUCUUUGUGGGUUUAUCUUGGAUUUUGGUGACAAUGAGUCUGCAACUCCUGCAGGGUGAUUUUGACGGUUACAGUGGGGUUCAGGGGGUGAACUUUCUAGUUCCUUCUCUUGCUCUUUCUAACUCUAUAGGGGUUAUGACUCAUCCGAUGGAGGUAGAGGUCAGGAAUUCCCAUAUGGGGUUUCAAAUUUCUAGCUCUUCAAUGGAACAAAACAAGAGACCUCUAGCUUUUGAGUCAGUAGAAAACAGGGGAGUAAAGAGAGCUGAAGGUGAUGGGAGAAAUGGGUUUUUGGGUACCGUUGAAAAGAACGGACUUUCUCUGAAUUUGGGUGAGGAAGAUGAAGGAAAGGGCCCUGGUUGUAGCAAAAAUAGUCACACUAAGCUUUGUGCUAGGGGUCACUGGAGACCAGCUGAGGAUGCCAAGCUGAAGGAGCUUGUGGCCCAAUAUGGUCCCCAAAACUGGAACUUGAUAGCUGAGCAUCUUGAAGGAAGAUCAGGCAAGAGUUGUAGAUUGAGAUGGUUUAACCAGCUUGACCCAAGAAUCAACAGGAGGGCUUUCACUGAGGAGGAAGAGGAGAGGCUUUUGACUGCACAUAGGCUGUAUGGGAACAAAUGGGCAAUGAUUGCUAGGCUGUUCCCUGGCAGAACUGAUAAUGCAGUGAAGAACCACUGGCAUGUGAUCAUGGCUAGGAAACAUAGACAGCAAUCCAGCAUUUACAGAAGGAGAAAGCCAUCUUCUUCUUCUACCCCUCAUCAAGGACUCAUGAACGACCAAAACAAUUCCUGCAGCACUACUGAAUCAACCAUCUCAAGCACCAAAGAUGAAUCUGCUGCGUCCACAUGCACCACUGAUCUCUCCCUCUCCCCCGCUUCAUCUAAAGUUCCCCCUGCAUUUUUCACUAGUUUUAGUCCAGUUCAGGAAAUGGGAUCAUUUGGGAAAAAUGUUAAGAGCAUGGGAAAUGGAGAUAUUGAGAGUUAUGCCACUAGAAAUGGUUUUUACAGGCAAGCACCUAUUGGAGUUGUUGGACGUGGUGUGGACCAAUCUAGGCACUCAGAUUCAAACUCAGAAGUGUCAGCAGCUGAGUCAGUGGGUAACAGCAGGACCAAUCUCUUCAUUUCUGGGGAAAGUGAAAAUGGCAAUGAAAAGAACAACAUGCCCUUCAUUGAUUUCCUUGGAGUAGGAGCUUCUUGAGACAGUGGUUUUUCAGGGUAAAACAGAAACUUGAGAUGAGAAAGAGAAAGGGAGCUGAAAACAAAGGCAAAAAAAAAAAAAAAAAGAGUUUUACUUUGCUGUUUUAAUUUGGCCACUGAAUCACCAGGGGGGGGGGCAAUGUGGGCCUCAUCUUCACAGUCUUCCCUACUUUGUACAGUUAGUUCCAUAAAUGGCAAGAGAGGGAGAGCAACAGUAAAAAAAAGUUAAAGAAAUAGGAGAGAGACUAUGAGGAGUUAAGUCUUCAGAGUUAGUAUUAAAUAAAAAUCUCAAACUUUUUUUUGAGGUUCUGGACUUAUGCAGGAGGAAGAUAGCAGGCUUUGUUAUUCCCCUGUGAUAUUGUGUCAGCUGUUUGUGUAAGGGUGAAGGCAAAGCCAAAGUUUCUCUAUGUUUUUCUCUUUUAUAAAAUCCCUAUCUUUGAAGAAAUUUCAAUGCUCCCU